ACCUGUACCACGGUCUUUCUGCGGUUUCUCUGCCGUUACUAUAGCAACAGCUUCACAUUAUGAAGUCGAAAUUUUCCUUCGGUUUUAGGCGUCAUUUAAGUCCAAGACUAAACAGUUUAUGUAGAUCCCUUCCAACAGAUCGGUCCUCGCUUCAUUUUUCUCUUCUCCAGUAACCACGUGCGACGUCCAACAAAAAAUAAAUCCCACUUAUCUGUCGUGUUAAUUGAUUUCUAAAUGGUGGCGGUGUUCUAUACUCGAGAUUAAAUUUAUUUUCAGUUUUUGCUGACGCAGACGUAAUCAUCCACGUGGUACUUCGAUUCGUUCGUUUUUUUUUGUUUUUUUUUUUGGUGUGGUUUUUUGUAUCAUUUUCGCGAUAAUUAUGACGGUGUGACCAUUAAAAAUGCAAGUGUUAGUGUUUUAAGUACCCAUUCCUGGCUUAAUAAUAUUACUUGUUCUUGUGUUUUUUUUGGCAAACAGACAUAAUGAAAUCCGACAAUCCAAAUUCUGGGUUCAUUUAUUUGGCGCCAAAUACAAAGAAGAAUUGAUUAAACAUUCGACCUCUCAGUGCCCUCUAGCUCCUGUAGUGGAAAGCGAGCAAUUUAAUCCAAAAAAUGAAUAGAUAUUUGGACUCAUUAUCAGGAUAACAUCCUUCCAUAUUCAAUGAAUUAUAACGCUGAUAUGAAACUGCACCAUGGACGGCGAGCACAGAAUUAUUCUAAACGUUGGCGGAAUUAGAUAUGAAACGUAUAAAGCAACGUUGAAAAAGAUACCAGCAACUAGACUAUCAAGACUUACCGAAGCAUUGGCCAAUUACGAUCCUAUACUAAAUGAGUACUUUUUCGAUAGACAUCCAGGAGUGUUCGCUCAAAUAUUAAAUUAUUACAGAACUGGUAAGCUGCAUUAUCCAACAAACGUUUGCGGUCCAUUAUUCGAAGAAGAAUUAGAAUUUUGGGGUCUAGAUUCGAAUCAAGUGGAGCCGUGUUGCUGGUCCACAUACAGUAUUCACAGGGACACUCAAUCCACAUUGGCCAUUUUGGAUAAACUUGAUUUAGACUCGGAGAAACCAAAUGAAGAAGAAAUCGCUCGUCUUUUUGGAUACGAAGAUGAUUAUAUUUCUGGUCGACUGAGUUGGUGGCAGAAAUUAAAACCUCAAAUAUGGUCAAUUUUCGACGAACCGUAUUCGUCAGUAGCAGCUCACGAUACUUUCUGCGGAGAUGGCAGGAUAGUUGCUACGGGCGCUGGUGAGGAUUCAGAGUGGUCGGAUCGAAAAAAUUGGCCAAUAUUCGGACACCGUGUUUUCAAAUUGAUUGUUGGCGUUAUUUCUAUAUUUUUUAUAUUCGUGUCAGUUUUAUCAUUUGCUCUAAAAACUCAUCCGGAUAUGCGAGUUGCAUCAUCGUAUUCUCAAACUACCGACAAAAAUGAACCUAAUGUUUCCGUUCAUGAACAUUUAGAUAAUAAUGCAACCGAACCCCAUGCGGCAUUUUUCUACAUAGAAGUCGCCUGCAAUUCGUGGUUCACUUUUGAACUUGCUGUGCGUUCAAUUGUUAGUCCUAAUUUGCUACGAUUUGUAAAAUCGCCUGUAAACUUGAUAGACUUUUUCGCGACGUUAAGUUUCUAUACGGAUAUUAUAAAGCAGAUGUCUUUUAUAAAUAUGGAGAAGUCAAGUCUGAUAGAAUUUUUUUCAAUUGUCAGAGUACUUAGACUAUUUAAAUUAACGAGACAUUCGCAUGGACUGAAGAUUCUCAUACACACAUUCAAAGCUUCCGCUAAAGAGCUCACUUUACUGGUAUUUUUUUUAGUGCUCGGUAUAGUGGUGUUUGCCAGUUUAGUUUACUAUGCUGAGAGAUUACAGACCAAUCCGCACAAUGAUUUUAAAAGCAUACCCGAAGGCCUUUGGUGGGCUAUUGUCACCAUGACGACAGUCGGCUAUGGAGAUAUGGCCCCGAAAACUUAUCUCGGUAUGUUUGUUGGAGCUUUAUGUGCAUUAGCUGGAGUAUUAACGAUUGCACUACCUGUUCCUGUGAUCGUAUCUAAUUUUUCUAUGUUCUAUUCGCAUACGCAGGCACGAUCAAAAUUACCGAAAAAGAGAAGAAGAGUAUUACCUGUAGAGCAGCCUCGUCCUAAACGAGGAGAAAUAGCCGGCGGCGUUAUAUGUCAUAGACGAGUUAACGCUAUCAAAUAUCAUCAUCAGCACAAUCAAUUGAGUGGUGUUAAUUCACCAACUCAAGACUCCUACUGCCCUACUGGAUUGCAACCCUCUUCUAGAGCAUUGGUUGUAUCGCCUCCUCUAUCAAAUAAAACGCCAACAGUUAGGAAUAUCAUUUUACAACCUAAGCUAUUGCCUGAAGUGGUCAUUCAAGAGCAGAAAGUUACAACAGGUGAUAUGGCUGGAGAAUCAGUGAAUCCAUCCACUAUUUGAAAAUAGAAUUUUCGUUGAAUUUUAGUUACCUUUAUUGAAUUAUUGAAAAAAUUGUUGUGAUUUGUUUUCAAUGUAUGUUAGGGAUGCGAAAUUAUCAAUAUUGCCAUCGACACCGUCGAAUGAUAUGAUUUUUUUAUUUGAAGAGAAUUGCAGUUGUAAUCUACCUAAUAUUGGAAACCCGGACGACGAUGAUUUUUUUCAUCUUUCAGUUGUUUACGUUUUACCUACCUUUCUUUUUCUCUCAUUUUUUUUCCAAAAAAAAAAAUUAUUAUAUUUGGAGGUUGGAGGUCUUGUGUACUCGUAGAUGAAGAUACCGAAUUACCAACGCUUUUUGAUUAAAAACUGAUGCGAAAAUGAUGUUUAAGCGCACCACUGAUUUUUUUUCAAACUGCAAAACGCCAGAAAAAUUUGAAGAGCUGAUGAGAUCAAAUUUUGUGUUUGUCUAGAUUUUUCUACUGGAAAAAUCAUGUUUAGCACGUAUUGAUAAUGAAUUUAAUGAAUUACAAAGAGUGCAACUUCGAAAGCAAAUUGAUAUUUCGCAUCUUUAAUAUAUCUUUUAUGUAAUUUAACUUCGCUUGAAGAGUUUUUCUCAUUAUGUUGAAUGUUUUUCUUGUGUGUAGUGACUUUACUUUUAUUUUGACGCGAAAUUGUAAUUUUUCUUUCAUGAUUUUUUUUUCAUUUCGUAAAUCGCAUAUUUGUUAAUUGAAAAUAAAAUAAAAUUUGUUAAAAACGAGUAAA